AUGGGGAACAGCAGCGCAACUGACGAUGGUGGGUUGUUGGCGGGGCGGGGGCCAGAGUCCCUAGGGACUGGCGCAGGGCUUGGGGUCUCGGGCGCUGCGGCACUGGUGGGGGGCGUGCUGCUCAUCGGCAUGGUGCUGGCAGGGAACUCGCUUGUGUGCGUGAGCGUGGCCUCUGAGCGCACCCUGCAGACACCCACCAACUACUUCAUUGUGAGCCUGGCCGCCGCCGACCUUCUCCUUGCAGUGCUGGUACUGCCACUCUUUGUCUACUCCGAGGUCCAGGGUGGUGUGUGGCUACUGAGCUCCCGUCUCUGUGACACCCUCAUGGCCAUGGACGUCAUGCUGUGCACCGCUUCCAUCUUCAACCUGUGCGCCAUCAGCGUGGACAGGUUUGUGGCGGUGACCUGGCCGCUGCGCUACAACAGUCGGGGCCAGCGCCAGCUGCUGCUCAUCGCCGCCACGUGGUUGCUGUCUGCCGCGGUGGCUGCGCCGGUGCUUUGCGGCCUCAACGACGUGCCCGGCCGCGAUCCAGCCGUGUGUCGUCUGGAGGAUCGCGACUAUGUGGUCUAUUCGUCCGUUUGCUCCUUCUUCUUGCCCUGUCCGCUCAUGCUACUGCUUUACUGGGCCACUUUUCGCAGCCUGCGGCGCUGGGAGGCAGCCCGGCACACCAAGCUUCACAGUCGAGCGCCUCGGCGACCCAGCGGCCCCGGCCCGCCAGUGGCCGACCCUGCGCAGGGUCCCUUCUUCCCAGACUGUCCGCCCCCAGCACCCAGCCUCCUACCCAGCGGCUCCAGCGGGCCAGAGUCAGACCUUUCUCGGAGACCCUACGGCCCCGAGGAGUGUCCGCUUCCCGAUGCAGCGCUCCAGCAACCGCCCGCGCCACCUUCCUGCAGGAGAGGUGCCAAGAUCCCUGGAAGGGAGCGCAAGGCAAUGAGGGUCCUGCCUGUGGUAGUCGGGGCCUUCCUGAUGUGUUGGACGCCUUUCUUCGUGGUGCACAUCACACGGGCGCUGUGUCCGGCUUGUGUCGUGCCCCCAAGCCUGGUCAGUGCCGUCACCUGGCUAGGCUAUGUCAACAGUGCUCUCAACCCCAUCAUCUACACAGUCUUCAACGCCGAGUUUCGCAGCGUCUUUCGCAAGACUCUCUGUCUCCGAUGCUGAAAGGGCCACCGGCGUCCUGAGGUCGAGGAAAUCAAAGCCUGUGUGCCGAGUGCGCUGGCAAGCAUUCGUCUUGAUUAAACGAAAUCUCUCCUAACCACUUAUGAAGGCUGGGGGCUGGGGAAGAGCGUGGAAACGAGAAGGGUGUGUUGCCUGGGUGAUGAGGCCUGGCUAACUCCU